GUGUAUUUAUGGCAUUUUAUAAAGUUGUUUACAAGUCAAAACAUUUUUUAUUUUGUGAUUUAUUUAAUUUGGUUCAUACUUCGCUUGGAAAAGUUAACUUUAGUUAAAUAUGGAUUUAGCUCACUCAGUUUGUCAAUUCUGUAAAAAGGUUGAAUUCAAAUAUACUUGCCCAAAAUGCAGUGCAUUGUAUUGUUCUAAGAGCUGCUUUAGGAAGCCAGUGCACAAGAAAUGUACCAGUUCAUUUUACAACAUCUUUCGCCAAUCUUCAUCAUAUAGUAAAAAGGAACGUAGUGAAAUAAUGAUGAGAUAUAUGAUUUUGAGAAAAAUACUUGAGAUACAGAAUGGAACCAUGAAGAAAGACAGAAUAAGUGAGAGUAGUAACGAAAGUGAACGUAGUGUCUGGACUGGGGAUAUUGGUAAUAUUGGUGAAGAUGGUUUCUAUUCUCAUAUUGGUGAUGAUUCUUUUGAUAUUUGUGAAGAAUGUAAUGAUGAUGCUGAUGAUUCCAAUAUUAAUAACUUAAAUGAAGGUGGCGGGCACGUUGAAUUUGGUGAUGAUAGUGAUAAUGAUGAUAAUGGUGAUGAUGAUGAUAUUGAUGAAGAUGAUGAUAAUGAUGAUACUGAUGAUGACAAUGAUAACGAUGGUGAUGACGAUGAUGUUGAUGUUGAUGAUGAUGAUGUUGAUGAUGAAGACGAUGACGAUGAAGAUGAUGCCGGUGAUUCUAAUUAUGAGAGUGGGAUUUCUAGUGAUAACGAUUUUGAUGACGUUCAUGAUGCUUCUAAUAAUGAUGGCGAUAAAUAUAGUGGUAAUGACGAUGGUGACGGCUUUAAUGAUGAUGGUGAUAACAAGGGCAAUGUUGAUGAUGGUGAUAACGACGGCGAUGACGAUGAUGAUGAUGAUGAUGAUGAUGAUGAUGAUGAUAAUGAUGCUGAUGAUAAUGAUGAUGAUGAUGAUGAUAGCGAUGAAGAUGAUGAUGAUGACGACGAUGAUGAUGAUGAUGAUGAUGACGACGAUGAUGAUGAUGAUGAUGAUGAUGAUGACGAUGACAUUGAUGAUGAAGAUGGUGAAGACGAUGAUGAUAGUGAUAACGACGCCUAUGGCGACGAUGAUGAUGACUAUAAUAAUGAUGAUGGUGAUGACGUUGAUAUUGGUGAUUUUGAUUACUUUGGUGAUUUUAAUAAUUUAUGUAAUUAUAUUGUUAGCGAUGAUCUACUUGAACUUACAAGGCAAUUUUGCUAUUCGCUGAAAGCGCGGAUAUUAGAAAGACGAUCGAAAUCAUUAAAAGCAAAGUUCGAUUAUUACAACAUACCCUACUGAUUAAAUGCAACAUAAUAGUUUUUGGUGUGCAUUAUGUAUUAUCAUCUCAUAUUAUAUUAACAGAUAUUUUAUUUUCUAGGCAAUGGUCAAUACCGGUUCAGUAUUAUAUCUUUGGAGUGUGAAUACCCUAAUAACUUGAGUUUUGAUUUUUUUUUUAAAACGAUUCCGUAUUUGAACUAGUUGCCCGUUCAUCAGAAAUUUUUUUCUGUACAACAAGUGAAAUGUUGGUUAAAAACUUGCCGCAACAAUGAUUAUUUUGUGCCUGCAAUUUUACAAAGCCACUGCAACUUUGACACUAAUACGAGCGUACCUAGUCCUAUAGGUAUAUCAAAAAGUUUCGUAUAACUUAAUAUGGUUCUGUUAAAAAAUAAGAAGCACUGUGUGCAUAUGUCGCCUAUUAGUUAAAACCACAACUCAUAAUAUAUUAUUUUUAUUAUUUGUCAUUUAGGUUGUAGGACUACUGUGUAGAUAAAUAAGUAAAUAAAUAUAUCGAAUAUUUAUUAUUAUAGUUUAAUAUUGAUAACACUAUACAUUGUGUUUGUAGCUGAAAAUCUAAAGAUAAUAUACAUAUGUACAAAAUACGUUUUAAUGACAAAUAAAGACUGACCUACAUUUUAAAGGCUUUAUUUUUAUUGCACUUGUAAACAGGAUUUUGUGGAUACUUUUAAAAUUUUGUUUACGUUUCUUUAUAAAAAAUAUGUAUGUCAUUUUAAUAUUGAAUUUCUUGUUAAAUAACAGAUUUUGUAUGCCAGUAAUUCACAAUUUGAAGAAAGCGGAUUUAAUUCAUUUACCUUGUUCUUUUUUUUACACGUAAAAGUGUUGACAAGUGUUGGCGGCUAAAAUGUCUAGGUUACUUCGCUAAUAUGAACCAUUUAAAUAAACAUAAUAAAUAGUCCGAGCAACUUUUAAUCGUGAAAGAAUGCCGUUACCAGGUCGUUUUAAGGCCUGGCCGUUCAGUUGGAAUUCACUGCAUAUUUUCGUGAGAGUAGGUCUUUAAAUUAUGUAUAUCUGUUCUAGACUUCAGCCGUUAUGGAUUGUCUGUUCGAAGGAAACAUUGGAAAUCCUGUAAAAUAGUUUCAGUUCAGUUCCUGAGAUAUGAAUCUGAAAUUUGUCAGUCCCCGUUAGGAUGGUAAGGGUUACCCAGGUUGCCGUCGACGUCAUCUAGCGGGAGGCCCAGGAAACGUGCUAUUUCGACGGGGUCGGACCAAAAGGAAAGGGAUGCUAGAUGAGUGGGGUUGGCGGGGCAUGCAAAGAGGUGGCCAGUAUCAUUGUUAAUUGAGUAUUAUCAUUGCCUAUGACGACAAUAUCCGAAAAAUAUUUUCAGUUUCGAGUAUUAAAGCUUAAAGCUGCUAUACGAAAUGACCGAUCAAAAUCUAACUUCUGUGCAAUUGAAAUGAACAUUUUUUUUUUGAGAAAGCAAAAUGGAGAUUCUUUUCUUGCAAAACCUUUAGACAGAUUGCAAGUAUUGAAAAUGCAAUCAUUGCAGACUGAAAAUUGCUUUAAUGACACUACAAAACACACGCAAGAGAAAAUAUGCAAUAGCUGCAAAAUAUACUACACCAAAACUCAUGCUAAAUUUCAUGCAAUGAAUCGUAGCAAAAUAAUUGCAACCCUGUGCCAGCUGCUAUAUUACAAAUACAUAUGUACAUAUAUUAAUUUCGCUGCUAUUUUAUUGAGAAAGAUAAAAAUGACUGAAGAAGGCGAACCCCCCACAAAAAAGAAAAGGCAACAGCCAAACAAAAAAUGGAAGGAGCGCGAGGUGCUCCUGAUAAUUGACUACCUAAAGCAGGAACUAGAAUUUGAGGCGCCAACUGCACGAUUUUACUAUAAUCGGUUUUUGGAAAAGUCGCAGUUAGAUGCCUCUUGGGAACUCGUGCGGUGGAAGGUGCGACAUUUGAAGGCGCAGUAUAGCAAAGUUAAUGACUGGCUGGCUUCAAAUGGUGCAGGUCUUAUGGACAAAACUUAUGAAAGAACCAUUGCAGCCAAAAUAUCUAAAAUGUGCCCAUAUUUCAAACAGCUCAGGGAAAUUUUUGGCAAGCGCGUAUCUACUAUUGAGUCGUUAAUAAUCACGCCAGAAGUUGUUGACUCGCCUUCUUCUCAGCUGUGUUCAGCAAGCCCUGUACCUAUUAAAGUAGAAGCUGAAGCUGAAAAAUUAGAAACUACAUGUGUUUCGCUCACAAAUGUCGCAACUUCUUCUGUGCCAGAUUCCACCCCAUCAUCCGCAUUUCAGAGGACAAUUUCGCGAGUGCCAAAAGCCUCCAUAGGGCAGAUGGCAGCUGUGCAGAAGCAAAGAAUCGCAAUCGAGGAAAAAAAGCUGCAAUUUGAGAAGGAAAAAUUUGAACACGAUAAGAAAGUGCAAGAAAAAAAUUUAGACCUAGAAAUAAAAAAAUUAGAAAUGGAAUAUAAGUGGAAGACAUUAGAAUUAGAAAUGAGGGAAAGAGUAGCUAAAUACGAAAUUGACAAAAAAUAUGAAAAUAAAUCUUAAUUAAAUAUAUUUAAUGUAGGUUUGUAUUUAUGGUAGUUAGGUUGCAUGUUUAGUUUUAGUAAAUAUGAUCUUUUGGUAGCGUCAAGAAAUAUGGUAUUGGUUUACUUAAUACCACGUAUGUAUGUAUAUAUGUAUGGACAUAUGUUAUGUACCUAUCUACGUUUUAUACCAUGUACCUAUAUAUAUUGUAGAGAAAGUUUCCGGCUGU